AUGGCAAUCAUUAUCUCACUGAUUUUGUUAAUCUCCUCCGCCGCCGCCUCCUCCGCUGCCGCAGACGGUGGCUAUGGCUUCUCGAGACACACUACCAACGUAUCGCCGACGCUCUCCGUCGCUCCAUCAGCCGUUAGACGGUGUCGCCGCCAGACACGGGGAGCCCCAGUAUACACCAGCGGAGGCGCGUACGUUGUGAAAAUAUCCCUUGGAACGCCGCCGUUUUCGAUUGUAGCCAUUGCUGACACUGGAAGAGACAUCAUUUGGACUCAGUGCAAACCUUGCCCGAAUUGCUACCAGCAAAUCGCGCCGAUGUUUGAUCCGAGUAAAUGGUCGACUUACAAAACAGUCUCGAGUUCCUCGCCGACUUGCUCGAUUACAGGGCCGGGAAAUUCUUGUUCCUCGGAUUCCGUGUGCGAGUACUCCAUUUCAUACGGCGAUGGAUCCCACAGCAACGGGGAUAUUGCCGUUGAUACCCUUACGAUGGACUCCACCUCCGGCCGCCCCGUGGCGUUUCCACGGAUUGCGAUUGGCUGUGGCCAUGACAAUGCUGGCUCUUUUGAUUCUAAGGUUUCUGGGAUUGUUGGGCUCAGUCAUGGUUCAGCUUCGCUUGUCCAGCAGAUGGGGCCGGCCACCGGCGGAAAAUUCUCUUACUGUUUGGCACCCAUCGGAAACUCUAACUACUCGAGCUAUCUUAACUUCGGCUCUAAUGCUGUCGGUCUCUGGCUCUAG